AUGAUAGAGCCCGUCUACCUAGUCGAAAUUCAAUCAGCUAUCGGCGGCAUCUACGGAGUGUUGAACAGACGGCGUGGCCACGUCAUUGAGGAGGGACAGGUGCCAGGCACCCCGAUGUUUGUCGUGAAGGCGUACCUGCUCGUCAUGGAGUCAUUUGGGUUCACGGCGGACCUGCGAUUAAACACCGGAGGACAGACGUUCCCACAGUGCGUGUUCGAUUCCUGGCAGAUCCUUCCCGGAGAUCCAUUCGAAGAGGGCUCAAAGCCACGCACGGUUGUCAACGACUCGAGGAAACGGAAGGGCUUGAAGGAAGGCAUCCCCGACCUCGCAAAUUACCUCGACAAGCUAUAAUAACGCGCGCAGAUUUCUUCUACCCGGGGAUUAGAAAACUAUUUAAACGUGGAAGGAGUGCUCUACAUUGCUAUCAUGUCCGUGGCGAACAGGCUGUGGGUUCUCUCUCUAUGCUAGUGUUUUAUAUCUAGAUAGCAAUCCUGGUUGUACAAACUGUGUCACUCGGCCGUCAAUCAAUUUUCCUC